AUGUAAUAACAUAUUUUGAAGGACCAAGAUGUUAUUAUAAGUGAUAUAAAUGAUACUGCUAAUAGAUUAUAAAAUAUUGCUGUCGAUAUUAAGGUUCAAAUUAACGAAUAAGGAAAGUAAGUGCAACCUCAAUUAUAUUUAGUAAGAUUAACAAGUUAGAUGUAGAAAUAGGUAAAACUGAAAAAAAGCUGAGUUUCAUUUAAACAAAAUUGAGUCAUUUACUAAAAACUAAUGGUAUAAAUAAGUCAAUAUGCAAUUCUAGAAUAAAGUCAGAUCUGUACAAUUCUAAUACUUUUUGGAACGCUUUUUGCUUUGAUUUUUCUCUUGUUUUUUACUUGA